AUAAUUUCUUUCUAUUUUAGGAGAACUUUAGAGAUCUGAGUUCAAUUGACCAUUGAGUUUCACAUCAGAAGUUAAGCAUCAUGGAACAUGCUAAUGACCCACUCAGUGAAUCCUCUGCUCCUGAAGCAAAUCUGCACAAUGAGCCCCUUUCACUUUCAGACCACCCGUUUUCUUUGGAAGCACCAUUAGGUAGUACUGUACAUGGAAUAGAGGCUACAGAAAGUACAGAUCAAACCAGUGGUCUUGAGUUGAAACUGGACCUCUAUGUCCCAGCACCACCAAUAAUAGAACCUAUAACCCCCGUAGAGGAAACAGUGGAGCACUGUGCUUUUCCUGUGGCAAAACAAGAUGACAGCACACAACCUGAAGCCGUUAUAGAGGGAACAGAUGAAACUGCUGAUGUUGAAGGAUUGCAUUGUGAAAAUCAGUCAAGUCUGGCUGGGUCGAGUUCAGAUACUGUGACAGAAGUGGAAUGUGAGCGUGCAUUCAACGAAUCUGGCUCAUCAGACUCUAAUGCUGCAAGUUGUGUGCCUGAAGAGCCCAUGAGCUCCAAUGAAACACCAAAAAUGUGUGCCAACACUAAAUCCUCAACUGGCGGUACAGCACACAAUGCUGACAGAAAGAACAUCCCUCCAAAGAAGGACAAAUUCAACCCUCUGAAACUUGACAUGGCCAAAGUAAUACCUCUCACCUCAUCCCAGCUCUCACUACAAUGCCUAGAAUGUCACAUCAUCUUCAGUGACUCCAAAAGCAAAGAUCGGCACCUUAAAAUGAGCCACCCUGCAGAAUAUCAGCAGUACAUGCUGGGAGAUGUUCUCUUUACAUGCUAUGUUUGUGAUCAGCAUUUCACCUGCUCCACAGAGCUCAUGGCCCAUCAACGCACACACACUGGUAACGAGCGGUUCAAGUGCCCAUUCUGUAGUGAGGCCUUCUACCAAUCCUGUGAUCUAACAAGUCACAAAAAAAAAAUUCACUACAGCAAACAUGGAUACACCUGCUCAGAGUGUGACAAGCCUUUCAAAACCUUUACUUUGCUCAGAUACCACCAACGGGUACACACAGCGGAAAAGCCGUAUGUUUGCUCACACAAACACUGUGGUAAAAAGUUUUCUGCAUCCAAGUCUCUUCAGAACCACUUAGAAAAAUAUCACAAAGAAGAUACCAAAGGUGACCAGACAAAUGCUUCAACCGCCACAAAGAAAAAGAGAACUAAAGAAACAAAUGAGCGGAAAUUCCCAUGCUCACAGUGCGAUGCAGUCUUUAAGACUUCCAAAGCACAUCUCCUUCACAUCAAAAAUAAACACUCUCAAGAGUCACAAAGUAGCACUGUGUUGGUGCCACAACCAAAACCACCUGUAUUUACUAUGACACAGACAGCAAAUGGACAACCACUGCUCAUUGAGACCCUCGGACCAGCACCACCCCAAGUGGACAAGCUGGAUGCUGAGCAAAUUAAAAGACUAAUUGAGAAACUUGGAAAUGUACAGAAAGUAAAUCAGUUGGUUAUAUUGCCUUUGCAGCCACAAAGCUUUGGGUUACCCCAUCCACAACCAUUUAUGCAACCAUUACAUGUGAAUUUUACUCAAUCAACCAUUCACCAAACACUAUGUGGACAAUCUGACACAGGCCCAUCAAAUGCAGAGCAAAUUAACCUCCAAGUGUUAGCAGAGAUGGGAGAUUUGCAACAAAAGGAAACUGUUAUGUCACAAGAGGAAACUAUUAUUUCAUCAGAAAACUCGGAGACCCAAGUAGCACCUGUUAAACUGACACAAACAGAGGCCCAAAUGCAAAUGGAUGAAAUUCACCUUGAACUUAUACCAAUACAGACUGAAACUUCUGAUUUUUUGGAUCAAACACCUUUACAGUAUGAAGCGUCACAAAAUUACUCAGUUCAUGAACUGUCUCAUCCAGCAGAGGAACAUAUUCCAGAAACAAACAGUGAACCACAUUUAAUUCCACAACCUGAUACAGCAAAUUCUCAUCAGAGGACAAUGGAGAAAGACAAUGUUCCGGUCGACACAGUUACGCCUGAGGAGACAUUUACCAAUGCAGAGACAGCAUGUCCUACUACAAUUCAAGAUUCAAUAGACUUGUCAGUGGAAUCAGACUCACGGGUAGUGAGUGAACAGGGUGAUAUAAGCAAAUUAAUAAAGCCUCAAGAACUUCAGCAAUUCCAAGCUCAAAAGGACCAAGUUGAGUCAGAGAAAGAACCAUCCAUGAUGGAACCACAAUCUCAGCCGGAUUCCCUCAACACUGUGCAGAACAACACCUUAAUUGACCUUCAACAAAGCUCUGUGCCAACACCAGACCAGACUAGAGCCAAUUUACAGGAUUGCCCUUUUGUUCAGAAGAAAAUUCCAACAAAGAAAAAAAGAUCUAAGAAACAAUUGGCUGACAAACUAGAGACUAAGGAAGCAAGUAAAGUAUGUGAUGGCCAGGUAGCAUCUACCAAGAAAAUCAAUACUUCAUCAAAAGUGAUUACUAAGAAAAAAGAAAAGACAAAAAACAAAAAGCUUGUUGUCAAAUUUGGACCAGGCGAGAAGAAAAAAUCCUCUAAACCAAAGGUAAUAAAAACAUCUAAAACCAAACAAAAACAGAACCAGCAAAUUAGUGAUCAAAACCAAGUGCCUAUUUUGUCUCAGUAUGACAAUAAAUUGGAUUUUAACCAAAAAGUGCAAAAAGAUAAAGUAAAGGGGGUUGAAAGUCCUUCAGGAGUAGCAGUGAAGUCAGUGGGUCAAAUGAAUAAUGCAAAAACAGACAUUGUUUUGGUGGCACCAGAAGCAGCACAACAAGGGAAACUUCAGAAGAGAAAAAUUAAGAAUCAGAACAAUUUGCUCAAGAAGGCACAGUCUGUCCAUGAGGUCCAACGAGAUGAAACACUGGUACCUGUGCGAAAGAAAAAGAAGCAGGGUAAAACACAUGAAGACGAUUGUCCCAAGAAACCCAAGGUUAGAAAGACCCAAAAUAAUAAUUUUCAGAAGAAUUGCCAAAAAAUACCAAAGCAUAAGGUCAAAAAGGCAAAAUCCAGACCUGAUGUUUCAGACGUGCCUCACAUAGAGAAACAAGCUCUGCUCUUAUUAAAAGGCCACAAGCAGCCUCAGCUGAAGGUACACAAGUUGGAUGCUACUGAACUCGAAAAAUCACCCCCAAGCAAAUACAAUAAAAAGGUAAUGCAAAAAACAAAAAAAGCACCUAGGAAAUCCUUGAAUGUAGCUCACCAAAAGAAAGAAAAAUCAGUUCAAAAUAAAUUGGUGGAGUAUCACGGAGAGCCCUUGUCUUUUGAAAUGCCCUCUGUUGACAACAGCCAUGGUUCUGUGUCUACAAAGCCCAAAAUUGUACGGAAACGCAAAGCGCCUACAAAAAUAGACCAGGAAAUUGCAUUGAGCCCCCCAUAUUCUCAACUUACUCUUGGGUGCCAGGACUGCGGGAAGACAUUCUCAGAAGUGUCUGCUUUACAGGAACACAUGGCGGCCUGGCACUCCGCUGGAAAGGAGGCUUUCCCGGGUGAGACAAUUGUUGUUAAAAAACGAGUUAUGAGACCUGGUCCUAAUGAAAAGCGUAUUUCACCUAAUGUCUUUGAAAUUCAGGUUGCAACAGAUUGGGAUAUGGAGUCUGAGGUGGGGGAGAUUGUGGGAGAAAGACUAUCAUUCCCAGCAUUAAGUCCGUCUCCUUCUUUGACACUUGCUUCUGGUGGUGUUGAAGGAAAGCAACAAGAAGGAGACAAAUAUAUUGAAGGAAUUGUUCCUGAACCUGAGCAACCUCCUGAGAAAAAUCCUUUAGAAGUUUGCGAGAUCCCUUCACAGAUGUCUACCCCAGCCUUAGUCAAAAGUAUCGUGCCCCAGGAGCUACCUGAAAAUGCUAGUGAGAGUGUGUCAGAAAAAGAACAGAGCAAUGAGGUUGGGACCAUCACAGAAACUUCUUGUACUGAACUCAAAGAUGCAUUGGAGGAAGAAAUUAAAGAAGAACUGCCCAUAGGUGUCAAUUUAGUCAUGAUUGGAGACCAAAAUGAGGACGAGAACCAUAACACUCAGAUAAAUAACAUUUCAGGUGUCUCUCAAGAGCAUGAAAAUGAAAAAAGCAAUCCAAGUCCUCAGACUCAAGAGUCUGCAAGAGAUGCUGAUGAAGUAUUAACUCAAAAAGUUCUUACUGAACCAGAGAUAAAGCAAGAAGAAGAGGAGGUACUUGUACGGAGAGUUGAUGAUCAUAAAAGCGUGAUGGGAGGACAUUCUGUGAAAAGGGGUAAGAAAGUAGUUGGAAGAAGCCAGGGCAAGAGACCGGUUGGAAGAAGAACUAGCACAGAAAACAAAAGUAAAAAGGAUAUUGAAGGAAAUAAGGAUCCACAAGAAUGCCAAGUGCUCUAUCAUAUGUGUGUACUUGAUACUCCAGAGAGAAAGAACAAAGAAACGGACAAAAAUGUAGUUAAUGCCUCUGAAACUUGUCAACCAUCGUCUUCUGAGGAGGCUCCUGAGGAACAGGUCAUUUUUGAGUUGGACUCUGUUACCACAAGUGUAAUAGACAUUGUGAACUCUGAAGAUGGAUCAUUCGAGACAUCUAGAGAGCUGGUCAGAGACGGCAGCUCUCCUGGAAUCAUAUUGGAAAAAUACUUGACAGCACGUGAGAGAAAUAUGGAAAAUCCAAACACCCAGAGUCAGAUUAGACGGGCAAACUCCAAGUUGGAUGCCAAUAAAGUGACUUCAGCUUACACAUCUUCUGACAUGAAAAUAGAAGAACAUUCUUCAAAUUUGUCUCAGAGUUGUUCGAUGCGUGGAGUACAGAUGUUUAUUGUGAAAGCAGAAGACCACUUGACUACGAAUGAGAUGUUUCAGGCACUCCAGCCUACAGAUCCUCACCGUGUUGCAUGUCAAGAUAAGAACAGAGAUGGCACCUCUUCUGACUCUCGUGUAGUGCCCCUGCAGACCUACAGCAAGCAAUGUAUCUUUUAUCCUGUUAAGGAGGAAGAGCGAGAACAUUUAGUGGAGCCUCCUCAUGCAGAACAUGCAUGCUUAGAUUCGGGGGAGCUUGCAGGGGCUUCAUCUGGAAUUGAAGAAUGUGAGGAAAUCAGGGUGGAUUCGGUACAAAUGGACAUGCAACAUCUGAACACAAACUCUGAAGAGGGUGAUGUUAGUGCUGAACAGCAGAGAACCCAGAGCUUUCUAGAAUUUCUCUCUGAUAAUUCAGACACAGAUGAUGCCGAUAAUGUACAUUCUGAACCAGAAGCUGAAACCAUUGUGAUGUCCUGUUACCAUGGAAUACAGUGUAAUGAUACUGUACAUCAAAAGGGCACAGAGAGAUGUGUCAGAACAACCAUGGGUGCCUCUCCAACAAGGCACACAGAACCAGAAAGACAGAUCAACUGGAAGCCCAUUAACUAUUUUAAUCAGUAUUUUAGUUUGGACACGUGGAAUGAAAUUGCUGUCUGUACAAGGGAAACCUCAAAACUGGCAAACCCUGUCACAGAAAAAGAGGUUGCACAGUAUGUGGGAAUCCACAUUGCAAUGGGAACUCUGAAGUUUCCCAGCACAAAGCUCUACUGGGAAGACUGCACACGAGUACCUCUGAUCUCCGAUGCCAUGACGGCUUCAAGAUUCUGUGAGCUCACUCGUAAAGUGAAGCUGGCCAGUUCUGGUGGAGAUUCCAUGGAGAUGAGUAACGAUCAGCAGUCUGAAGAAAGAAAUCAAGACCAGCCUGGACAGAGUAAUGAAGUGCACAGUAAUGAGGAGGCACAUAAUUGUGCAAACUCAAAGGCAAAUCAUUUGUGGAAGGUAAUGCCAUUGAUUAGAAGAGUUCAAGUCGGUUGUCGGGCACUGAAGCGAAAUGGAAGCUAUGGGGUUGACCAGUACCCCCUUCCUUUUCAAAGACACCCAACCCAUUCAUUACUUCACACAGUUGUCAUAAGUGGUGGAGGGUUGGUUGUGGACUUCAACUUGAGUGCAGAUGACUCCAAUAGAGAAAAUGUAGUGGAGAAAAUGGUCUCUAGGGGUAAAGACAGAAAUGAAGGGAUGGUGUUUCUUUGCAAACCAGAACUUUCCACACCUUCUAUGCUAGAGCAUCUUUUAGAGGCGGGUGUGCAAAGCGCUGGCAAGGUUGGUGGGGCAAGAGGGCAAAUAGGUGACGAGUUUGUGAGCUCAGAUGGAAAACUCAAACUUUUCAGAUGUCAUCAUGGCUUUAUCCUUUCUGCAGUGGUAAAGGAGAAGCCGCGUUCAACAUCUCUUGUCAGUGGCUUUGAGCGAGCGAUUAAAACUGCGAAUCUUAACCGUGACUUGAGAAGUCUUUAUCGCACUCCAUGCACAAAUUCAGCAGUCAGUGGUUGGCCACAUUCUGUUCUCUGGGACUUGAUCGAUCUGGUGUUGGUAAAUGCAUGGAUACAGUAUAAGCAAAAUUACAGUCAUAUUACAGAUCUGUUAUCACUUAUGGCAUUUCGUUUGGAGGUGGCCAAAGCACUGAUCCUCUCCAGUGGCUUUGAUGCUCAAGACUCAUCACCCCCCUGCCCUCCUGCUCCCAAACUACAUGGACCAGAUACAAACUCAAGACCUUCUCAGGUUCUUGAGAGCCCUUUGCCGGAUGUACACACACGGUACGAUGGCUUUGGCCACUGGCCAGAGCAGCUAGCAGAGGAAGAGGAGGCCAGAAGGUGUAGAUUUGGAGGCUGUGAGAGAACAUCACGUGUGCGUUGUCUCAAAUGCUGUGUGUUCCUGUGCAUUUCUCGAAACCACAACUGUUUCCUGAAGUUUCACAGUCAGGGGUCUUCAUGAGGAUUACAGGCUGUGAACAUUUAAACUAUAACAUUUACUCAUUUACAUAAAUAAGAUGGUUAAUUGUUAAGUUAUUGCUUACCAUGACUCAUGAUGACAAACCAUGAGCCACCUAUAUCUAUUCUUGUCCAGGUUGUGUAGUUGUUACACAAUUAAACCCAUUUGGAUGUAUAAUGAAUGUUUUAUUGUGAUUGUUAUAUCUUCUUUUUAUGUAGAUACUUUUAAGAUUUAAGUAUUUUCUUUUUAUGAAUAGUAUUUUACACCUAGCAAACAGUAGAACGUGUCCUAUAAAUUAUUUGCUUUUUAUUUCCUAAAAAGGAAAGGUUCAUGUUUAGAAUGUGAUGUUUUCAUUUCAUAAUUCAUUACUAUGGUUCCUGCUCAUUGUGCAUUGCGAAAUCAUCUUCAAUUUAUUUGUAUGAAAUAAAAGCUUUUAAAUUUUA